CUUUCGCUACUAUUUGAUUCGGAAUUAUAGCACGUUCUUCUUUCAUCUUUUCAUAUUCGGUUUGUUUCAUAAACAAAACUAACAUGGCCGAUGAAUUUGAUGAAAAUACCGCUAAUGAAGACCAAAAGCCUCAAAAGAAAGUUGCCAAACAUGACAGUGGAGCUGCUGAUCUUGAAAAAGUUACCGACUAUGCAGAAGAAAAAGAAAUUAGUAGUCAAGAUAUUAUUGGGGCUAUGUCCUUAAUUGGGGACAAACAUUCAAAAGAAACUGCAGAAAAAGCAGCUCGACAAAAAGAGCUUGCCAAAGUAACCAUAAAGAAAGAUGAUGUAGAAUUAAUUAUGCAAGAAAUGGAAAUACCUCGGAAUAUAGCUGAAUUAAAAUUAAGAGAACAUCAUGGAAAUGUUGUUGAAGCAUUAAUUGAGUUGACUAAUUAGUUUUUGUAUAUAAAUAAAUGUUUUAUUUAAUUGUU